AUGGCAAAUGGAAUCAGCAGCUUCUCCGGCGCACCCAUUUGUUUCAGCAACCAAGCGACCGAUGGCAAGCGAUUCCUCAGGAGCUCGCGUGCAGACGAGAAGAAACUGGCUGUGCUAUCGAAGCAUCUGGCCGAGCACACGGCUCAUGCUGUCGCGGCUGCCAAAGAGGACACAACCGACCUUCGCUUCUCCGGCGCAGAUGAGGCGAUUCUUCGGGAGAUGGUCCCAGAGCUUUCGCAAGAGGUCGCACCAGAGGUUCCCAGAGAUGCGGGAGGCGAAACUGCACAGGCCUACCGAGAGGCAUUCUUGAACGUUGUGAGGAGCCACUACAGCUCUGCCAUCACCAAGGGCAUCCUGCCACGCACCUCAGAAUCCGCAAGGUUGCUGCUUAGCUCUGUGGAUGUUGCCAUGGACAGCGCUCCCGAGAUUCUGAAGGAUUGGGCAUUCAUCCACGAUGCCCUUGAGGCGCCCAAGAAUCAGCUUGCUCGCUUGGCCGGGGAGUACAGCAUGGAUGAGACUAUGCAGAAGUCAUACUGCGUGCUCUCCUUCCUGGAAGCACAUCGCCAAGCGAGGGAGGAUCUGCCCCGCUGCAUGGCUUGCAACUUCUGCUUAGCCCUCGUUGAUGAAGUUUGGGCUCUUUGA